AUGAUUAUUGUUGCUCGCUUGGAGGACCUUGAGUGGAAGGCCUUGCAGCUGAGGGAGGACAACUCCCAGAAAGCCAAGCUCGCAAGAACUGCUGUUCAGCGUGUUUUUGAAAUCAUUAACCGCCGGGGUCAAAGCGGAAAAGCAAUCUCUGCAGAGACUAUGGAGCAGCUUUACUCAGAGAAGCUCAACAUGGCAGAGAACAGUGAACCAGUGAGUGAAAACUGGGUGAAGACAGCAUACGAUCUGUGGGACAAAGCGCUUCACAAAGCCACUGUGCAGCAAGUGGUGCUGGCUGAGGAGGAGUUCCAGCCCAACUCCAUUUUCAACACUCUUCACAAGAUGCACGCUGUAAUUGUGAAAGCCAGCACGCCGGCAGAGACUGAGUGGUGUUUCACAAUGAUGCAUGACCAGCAUGUUGCGGACAAUCUUAAGCAUGAAGACGUGACAGUCCGCAUGUUGCUGGGCAAGCGCAGAGACGAUCAGGGGAAAGGUUACUUGGAUUUGUUGCUUUACAAGAAGAAAUGCUUGCAGUUCCUCCUGGAUGAAAUCAUGGGCCCUUCAUGCCUGACAACAGAAGAGAAGACAGGCGUUCGCGAUGUUUUGAGCAGCUGCAACAGCUACCGAGCGCAUGUGCAUGAAGAUGAUGCUGCUGAAGGUGCUGGAGAUCAAGCGGCCUGGUUUGCGUUUCAAGUUGCCAAGAAUCAAGCUGAGACGGCUACCACGGCUGGUGCCUGGGCUUGGCGCGCUGGGUGGUCCAUGGCUGCUGACAGCAUGUUCACUCUCACCGAGGACCUUGUCUACAAGACCAAGCAUGACGAGACUUUGAUGUCCUCUAUUCGCCGUUCACUUCCUGUCGCAGACGUGCUGGAGAAGGGCAGCUUGGAAAUGCCAGUCAAGGAGCUUAAGGCCGCCCUAGAGAAAUUGAAGCAAUCAACGGUGCCUGGAGAGGCUGCGACAGCAACGCUGGCUGAUGCAGCUGGCGUUUCUGCCAAUAAGCAGGCAGACAAGCACUCGGCUCGCAAGGUUGUUUCUGAUCAGUUCCUGGCCGAGCUGAAGCAACAGCUGACGCAGGAACAGUCCGAGCAUGUUGAUGCUGCUUUCACAAAGGCGCAGCGACUGAUUGAUGCUAACAUCACCUUGGCAGUGUGGACUUCCUCGGAGAAGGAGCAGAAGGCUCUGUGGGCGAAGAGCCCUGCUAUGAGGGCAACAGGGGCAGAUGGUGAGAAGUACAUCGGCUUUGUUUGGGACCCAUGCCAACUGGGAGAGACAGUCACAAGUCCUCACCUGCGACUGCCGCCCUUGAACGGUGAGACGGUGAAGUCCACAAUGCAGCUCCUGUUGGAAUAUCGCUCGCCGUGUCACCCAACUGUCCAGCUAUCAGCUCAUGAUUUCUUCUUCUGCUUCGACGGUGGCCACACCGGCAAUAUGAGCAAGCUGAUGCAGGCGUUUGUGGAUGCGGAUGGCAAGCCUGUUGAUAAAUACUCACAUCGAAUUGUUCUGUGCCAUGAUGAAGACAGCCUUAGGGAGCGGCGUGGAUGCGUGAGGUCCAACCAGGUCUUUGAUGUGUCAGAGGAGAUGAGAGUGGUCAGCGGACGUGACCUUGCUUCCAUGGGCUUACCAUGUUUGCGGCGCAUUCACUUUAGCGGAACCAACUUCGGCACAAAAAUUGGAGACAUUGUGAUGCCCAACUUUGGCUUGGCCUGGCAGCUGCCAUGCUCUGCCAAGCAUGAGAUCCAUGGCACCUGGCGCAAAGCCGUGGGAGGUGUUGCCCAAGGCGAUGACAAUGCCGGAAGGGGAGUUAAGCGAAAGACAGCUGACACUGUGGAGCCAGUGUUCUGGCAUGCUCGCCCUCUCAAAUUCUGGCAGGAGAUCACUCAUAACUUCAAGCUGUGCGCGCUGGUGGAUUUCGCUUGCUCGGAUGGCGUGCUGGCCUUUGCCUGCGCGAAAGCACGCAUCCCUUACUUGGGAUACGCACUAUCCACCCCUCAUUUGGAGCAGGUCCGCUUGCGCUUGAUUGAACAGGACAAGGAGAAUAAGACUGAAGAUGGCUCCAGUAGUGCCAGCGGGCCGCUGCUAGAGUUCCAUCGCAAGCUGCAAGAGAUCAAGAAGCAGCAGGCAGAAGGCGGGCAGUGA